GGAGACGCCUCAUUUUUGUAUUUGAAUCAGAGGCCGCUGGCCAACGUUUCUUCCUGCGUGUGUAUUUUGUUUUUCCGAGUGUUUUCCUUGGAAAACAUCAGCAGAUUGGCAACAUUCCACUGAAUUUCAUCCCCAAAACGCAUCAACUACGGGACCAGCAUGUCCCCGAGAAAAACAAGAAGAGGAAGAGCCAGGGGCGACGUCGACACGACGAUUUCUACAACAAUUAAUGACUCGCUGCCCCCGGAGACGCCGUCAUCGCGAUCGGUGCGAAGUCGUCGCCUUAAGGAUCCAGAAGUGGUGGAUUCUCCAGAGCCGCUGCGUCGUACCCGUCGCACAGUGACCGAAUCCCUGGAGAUUUCCCUGAACACGACAGUGGGUCGUAGACGAGGCAGAAAGCCCAAGAUCUCCGACGACAAAUUGAGUGAGGAUGUCUCCGAGGAAGUGGUUCCACCCUCCCAUGGGAAGAAACGAGAGGCCCGAGGAAAGAGGACAAAAAAUCAGAAAUCAGAGGAGAAACGAGAGGAACCAGUGAUUCCACCUGAGAAGCUUGAAAAUCCUCCAGACAGUGACGACAACGAAGUGGCGAAUGUCUCCUCGACGAUGUCCAAGUCAAUCCCCCAAAAUCGUCGCUUCCGCCAGCUUCGGGGUAAAAACAACUCACCGAACAACGUAACCCCCGAGAGUUCCCCGAUAACUGUCAUCCUGACGCCCCACAGAUCGACAAAAACCCCAAGGAAGUCCCCAGUGAGCCUGGGCUCCCCCAAGAGCCACUCGCUGUCCCCCCGACGUCUCUCCAAGACGCCAAGAAAGCUCUCGGUGAUUGCAGCAUCCCCAAUACCCUCAGACAACUCCUCAUCCAACGGGACCCCCAGCCAGCCCUCAAAAUCACCAGUGAAAACACCAAAAACAUCCCCAAAGCCCUCAAAAUCAAAGAAUCGCACGACACUCCACUCCAAGACACCGAGGAUCGUCCUGAAGAAGUCAAAGACCAAGAGUCCGUCCUCUGUUCGUUCGUCGAGGGUGAAAAAGUCACCGAAGAAGCCAACGACUCCAAAAACUCCUCCAAUCAUCGAUUCUGAGGAUUCCAGGUCUAAAAAAUCCCCAGGAACACCUGAAAAUUUUGUCGCUGAAAUUCCAAAAGUCAAAAAAUCCCUGAGAACGCCAGAAAUUCUCGACGUCGACUCUCCAACUGUGAAGAAAUCGCCAAAAACUCCAGAAGUCGUGAACCUCGAAAAGUCAAGAUCUCCCCAGGUGAUUCUGGAGAGGAUUUCCCCGCAGGACUCCCCCCAGGUGUCAUCCCCGAAGUCCCCAAGACUGACGUCUCGCCUCCACAGUCUGGCAAAGGGAGAUGUCCGCUCGUCAACCCCUCGUGAACGAGCACGAGAGAUUCACGAGGCCCUUAACAUCUGCGCAGAGUCUCCCCUGAACGUCCACAGGUUCUACGGCUCCCCCCAGGACGCCGCCAAGUUUCUUUUCCUCGAGGACGUGUCAAAUCCACUGAUAAAUGACUCGUUUGGGAUCAGUGGGAUAAAGCCAACGGAGGAGGAGGAAGAGGAGAAGAAAGAGGAGGAGGACGAAGAGAAGGUCGACGACAGAACGAACAGCAUCCACAGGAACAGCACUUACGAGCUCCUGGAGCCGAGGACACCGAAUUUGAGGAACAAGAAGUACCAGGGGGAUGGGACGUACGAGCUGGACGAGCCCAAGACCCCAGGACUCCUCAAGAGCACGAAAAAGAGGAGUCUGGAGGGUGGAGAGUCACCUGGGGGCUCCAAAAGGGUCUGCAGAGUGAGAUUCGCCAGUCCUGGGGUGCGAACCCCCAAGAAGACCCCGAAAAUCGUUGUCAGGAGUAGAUCUGCUACUCCAAACUCCCAAAUCGUCAAGAAGAGGAGCCCCACUGGCACCAAUUGCCUGAAGAGGAGAUCCAUUUCAAUGUCGAGUCUCAUCAAGUCUCCCGGGUCUGCCCUCAAGACUCCAGGUCCUGAGGCCAGUGGAAAGUGGACGCAGAAGGCACAGAACGAGUCCACCAGUCGACUCAGCAAACCAAGGGCUUCGAUUGUCCCUGGGGAGACUGACAAGAAGAAGAAAGCCAACUCCUCUGCCAAGAAGGCACCCAAUUUUGCCCAGAUCCAUCAGAAGAAGUUCGAGAGGAUGGAGUCUCUUGUUGAUGCUAAGAAGAGGCUUGAGCUCAGGCACAAUACACUCACCAGCUCCAAUAUUGGGAAUAUCAAGGGCGAGGAUGAGGUCAAGGCUAGGAUCAUGCAAGAGCCCAAGGCUAAGAUCAUACCCGAGCCCAAGGCUGGGUUCAACAGAUUUGGAUUUAAAAUUCUUGGACCGGAGAAAAAAGCUGAGGGAUACAAUCGGUUUGGAUACAAGCUGAGGAAGGAGGAAGCGACGAAAAUCGUGUCCAGACCCACCGCUGCCAAGAUCGAGGAGAGGAAGGAAGUCAAGAGGAUGGCGCUCAAAGGGGUCAGGACUAAUAAACGAUUUGAAUUGUUGAUGAAGUCCAGGAAUAUGAAGUGAGACAAUUCGAUGUAGACGAAAUAAUUCGGUGGUAAUUUCAUUCUCGUCGUUUUGAUUUCUCCACCGAUUUUUUGGGAUUGAGUUUCUUUUUUUGAUUAGUUUUGAAUUUUUAUUGAGAACAUCGACUGGGUUUUUUAGAUUUUUAAGAAAGGCCAUUUAUCGUGGUAGUCCUUUGAGGAAUGAAAAAAUCUUUUUUAUCGGGAAUCCGAUUUUCUACUGAUUUUUUU